AACCGUACAGCCGCAGAAGAAGCGUCAAAGCGGAUGGCUGUCAUGUGUGCGGACGGUCAGCUGACGAGUCCGGCUCUCUUCUGAUGUUUACUGAGUUGAUUCUCUCGUAAACUCGCCAUUGGUUAAUGAAUGCGGCGCUAUGCUUGGCCGAGGAGAGCAAUGGUAGUCGUCAACUCGGUGCUCAAGCUGCUCCAGAGGCAGACGUACACCUGUCUGUCCCACCGUUAUGGACUCUACCUCUGCUUCGGAGGCAUCGUCCUCAUGAUUGUGUCUGCUUUCCAGUUCGGAGAGGUUGUAGUGGAGUGGAGCAGAGACCAGUAUCAUGUCCUUUUUGACUCCUACAGGGACAACUUGGGUGGUAAAUCCUUUCAAAGCAGGCUCUGUCUGCCCAUGCCCAUUGAUGUGGUCUACACAUGGGUGAAUGGCACCGACACGGCACUGCUGAGAGAACUGAAGGCCGUGAGAGAGAAACUGGCAGAAGAACAACGGGCUCUAAGGGAACGUCUGGGGAAAAAUGCAAGCGAGACGACAGAAGAGCCAAAAGACAGAGCGAAGCUGGAAUGUCUGCUGUCUCACUGUAUCGUCGCGCCUAUGCUGGCGCUGGAUCCCGCUCUGCCAGCCAACGCCAGCGUCAAGGAGCUGCCGUCUCUGAUGCCUUCGCUCUCGGCCGCCAAGGAACUGCUGCGGCUCAACAAGCCCGUCCACCCGUCCACCGCCACCUCCGUGCUCGUCUUCCAUUCUCAGUCUGAAGCCGAAAAAGCCUACAGCGAUGCGUUCAAGGAAGACCAGAAAUUCUCAGUGUCCAGAUGUUACCUGACGACAGACAAAGAGGCUCCAGGUCUGAUCCGCAUGCAGACGCUGGCCUACCUCAGCGGCUUCCCAGGGUCCUUCAAGGAGACGGAGCAGUUGCGAGCCAAACUACCCUCCUUUGUCACCGACAAGAUAAAGCAGUUUGAGUUGUACUCGGAGGCCAGCAUCGCUCUGCUCCACCUGAAAAGCCCGCAGGACUUUACUGAUCUCAUGCAAAAGGCCAAGAAGAACCUGACAUUGGACGGGAAGGAGCUCACCAUUAGCCCCGCCUACCUCUUCUGGGACCUGACCGCUAUCUCGCAGUCCAAGCAGGAUGAAGACGUCUCAGCCAGCCGCUUCGAGGACAACGAGGAGCUGCGCUAUUCUCUGCGCUCCGUGGAGAGACACGCUCCCUGGGUGCGACACGUCUUCAUCGUCACUAACGGGCAGAUUCCCUCUUGGCUCAACCUGGAUAACCCUCGCGUUUCAGUUGUCACACAUCAGGAGAUCUUCUUGAACAACAGCCACCUUCCCACCUUCAGCUCACCCGCUAUCGAGAGCCACAUCCACCGCAUCCCGGGGCUCUCGCAGAAGUUCAUCUACCUCAACGAUGAUGUCAUGUUUGGCAAAGAUGUAUGGCCGGAUGAUUUCUACAGCCAUUCCAAAGGACAGAAGGUGUAUCUCACCUGGCCUGUUCCCAACUGUGCCGAGGGUUGUCCGGGAUCCUGGAUUAAAGACGGCUACUGCGACAAAGCGUGCAACAACUCUGCUUGUGACUGGGAUGGAGGAGACUGCACAGGGACUGCAGGGAGCAGCAGGUUUGCAGGUGGAAUCGGUGCUGGGGGACCCGGUGGACCUGGGGGGCCGUUGUGGCAGUUUGCCGGUGGGCUAGGUGGCCCAAGUGGAGCCUCGUACUGUAAUCAAGGUUGCGCCACCUCCUGGCUGGCGGACAAAUUCUGCGACCAAGCCUGCAACGUUCUCUCCUGCGGCUACGACGUGGGCGACUGCGGCACAGACCACUUCAGCGAGCUGCACCGCGUCACUUUGCUGAGCAACCAGAGUUUGUACACCCUCCCAGUAGGAGAGAUCAGACCUUAUUUUGGCUUUGAAAGGCUGGCUCACCGGAUCUCCGAGGCCCACGUCACAGACAACGCGGUGGUGCGGCACACCUCUGUGGCCAACAAGUGGAAAACCAUUCACCUGCUGCUCAACGCCAACUACAAUGCCACUCAGAUCCAGUACAACCUCACCUUCCAACAAGAGGACAACACAGCGUUUACCAUGAGCUUCAACGUGGCUGUCGACACACGUCAGCUACCUCAAGCUAACAAGUCCCAGACCAGCAAGGACAGUUUCAGCCCAAAGCCCACCACGACCACAGAACCGCCGUUCUUGUUUUCAGACAUACCCGAAGACAAACGGGGUCCUCAGAUCCAAAUGAGGCAACCCAACGAACUUCAGUCCAUCAUCGAAGUUCCCGCAGUCAACGAGUCGCUCCUGCCAACUGCUGUGCGUAGCGAUCUUCAGAAGCUGGCUGAGAAACUUCUCAGGGGAGAUAUUACCUUAAAGGGGUACAACAUCACCAAGGCUCAGCUGCUCAGAUCCCAGCAGGCGACAACUCGGAAAGAUAAUGAGGGGAUCAUAGAUGGACAAGACAAACGUAACAGUCAUUUCAUUCCAGUUCCUGUUGAGGACUUGCAUCCUGUUCUUCCCGCUGUGGAACGGCCUAAAACCUCUAAGCUACUGAGUCGAAUUACCAAAGUCAAGACCACUGAGGGUCAGGCAGAGACCCCUGCUGCUGCUCCAGUGGGUAGGCGGCUCCAACACUUUGUCCCUGCUGACAGAGGCUUCCUGCCCUGGGAGAAGAAGAAGUACUUCCAAGACCUACUGGAGGAAGAAGAGCGCCUGCAGACGGCACUGACGUACGACACAGACAGCGAUGCCGCCGGCCGGAAGCUACUGGACACGUUUGCCGACUCGCUGCGCCACGUCAACAAGCUGCUGAACCGCCAGUUUGGCUUUGCGUCCCGCAAGGUCCCAGCACACAUGCCCCAUAUGAUUGACAGGCUGGUCAUGCAAGAGCUGCAGGACAUAUUCCCAGAUGAGUUUGACAGGACGUCUGCUCACCGUGUGCGCCACCCGGAAGACAUGCAGUUUGCCUUUUCCUACUUUUACUUCCUGAUGAGCACUCAGCAGCAGCUUAAUGUCUCGGAGGUGUUUGACGACAUCGACACCGACCACUCCGGCAUUUUGUCAGACCGCGAGAUUCGGACCCUCGCCACAAGGAUCCACGAGCUGCCGCUCAGCCUUCAGGACUUGACAAGUUUGGAGCAGAUGUUGAUCAAUUGCUCAAAGACACUGCCGGGGAACCUGACCCAGCUCCACCUGGUCAACCCCACACAGGAGGCCUACUACGAUCACAGCAUGCCGCCAGUCACCAAAGGCCUCAUCCUGCACUGCAAGUCCGUCACGGAUCGCAUUCGCAAAGCCUUUGUAGACCAGAACAAGUACAAGUUUGAGAUCAAGGGCGAGGAAGACAUCGCGUUCAAGAUGGUCCGAACCAACGUGUCGCAUGUGGUUGGCCAGUUAGACGACAUCCGGAAGAAUCCCAGGAAAUUUGUCUGUCUAAAUGACAACAUUGAUCAUGCCCAUAAGGACGCCGCUACGGUAAAGGCUGUGCUGAGGGACUUCUACGACUCCAUGUUCCCACUGCCGUCCCAGUUUGAGCUGCCUAAGGAAUACCGCAACCGCUUCCUGCACAUGGAUGAGCUCCAAGAAUGGCGGGUUUACCGCGACAAGCUGAAGUUCUGGACCCACUGUGUCCUCGUGACGCUGGUGGCCUUCACGGUCAUUUCCUUCUUCGCCGAGCAGCUGAUCCACUUAAAGCGCAAGCUGUUCCCCCGACGCAAAGUGACCAAGGACGACAACCCCGAGAGAGUUUAAAUGGAGACCUCGUCGUCGUCGUCGUCGUCGUCAUCCGUCCUGCUCCGCGGAGAAGAAGAUCCACCUUGUUGAGAAUAUAGAAUUCCUCAAGGAUAUGAACACACCUCUUUCCGCCACCGGAGGCAGCAAAGACUCUAAACACUCCAAACUUGGCCGCUGAGCGUUUUUUCAGAUCUUAAACCAAGUGCUUUGAUAGGAUGAAGAAUUUUCCGCUAAUUUGUUUUGGGUUUGGAACUGUUGGGUCAAACGGUUCAAGAUGAGGACGAAUCAACUAAUUGUUUGUUUUUUUACCGCUCAGACUUGAUUUUAAAGGAGUUGCUUACUUGGAAUAAUUAUGUCUUUAACAAUGUGGGAUCUUGAAGUGCCUUCUUAGUUCAUAUUUUAUAAGACAAAUGUUGUGGUUUCGUUAAAUCGGUACAAAAGUGUUGUGACGGACGCGGCAGCUUUCUUAGCCGUCUGUGUGCGCGUCCCCGUGGGACUCAGCAGACUCGCUAAUGUCUGAAAUUCAGACUCGCUCUUUAACUUAUUCUGGCCGCUAACUGUUGCCAUGGAGUUGGACUGCAGCCUCGCUUGACGUAAUCUUCCACGUGAAAUAAAAUGUCAACUUGUCCAUC